AUGCCUACCACCCAGGUCACCCCGACAGAGGAUAUUCUUCUGCAAGGGAUUGCCGACUCUCUAUUCAAGGCACGAAAGGUUGUGGUCAUUACUGGCGCAGGCAUCAGUACAAAUUCGGGCAUUCCUGACUUCCGAAGCGAAAAUGGGCUUUACUCCCUGAUCCAAGCCCAGUUCGAUGCCGCGAAUCGUGUGGACGUUGUCGAACCGAGGAGUUUUGGAUCAGCUGAUGCCAGUCGCGAGGAACGGGAACCGCCUACGAAACGGAGGAAACUUUCAUUCGAGGAUUCCGGCAUUUGUCUAAGUGAUGACUCGCAAAACUCACAAACUCAGGGAAACCAUGCAUCCGCUUUGCAGGGUCCCGACUCAAAUACGGCGAGGUCUACUGGGCCCAUCACUAGGGCGAGGUCGAGGGAAUCAACAGUCGAUGCUCGGAGUACCAGUACCGACGACGCACCCAUUUCGGUUGGCGGACCAAACCCGAGCAGAUCUUCAAGGGAGAGCGCAAGAGCUCAGUCUUCGCCCCCAGAUGAGAGCACUCGGAAAGACCUGGACACCAGCAGGAACCCAGGCUUCGUGGAAGCCCACAACCAAACACCCAGUGACGGAGCUGUCCGCAGUUAUCUUCGGAGGAGGGGAAGGUCUGCAAGCCCGUGUGCCCAGCGAGCCAACGCUUAUCAGGCGAGCUCUGCUGAGAUGCGCAAGAGGUCUUUGCUGACUUCGACCAUUGCCUCUGUGCAAGGUUCGGGGAGCAUUGAAGCCGUCAGCUCGACUUCAAUUCCGACUCUGCCUAGGGCUACGUUGUCCAAGAAUGGCGAGCACUUGGAGGAGAGGAAUACGGUUCACGUUACGCCGAAAACCUCAAGGUUCUUCUUCAGCUCCUCGCCUCUGUCAUCGCCACCUAGUGCAUUUCCGCAAACGCCUAGUUUUUUAAGAGACGCAAGCCGCUUCACACGAUCGACUCUACGACAGCAGCCAAUGGGUUUCAGUUCCUCGCCAUUGUCGUCGCCUCCGCCAGUCUUAUUCGAUCCCUUCGAAGAGCCUUCAUCGUCAAUUAGUAGGCAGACAUCAAGUGCGGCUAGCAGCGCGGCAUCUUCGGAAACCGACGAAACGCCACCGUCCUCACAGCCUAGCAAGUCGACUUUGCCCAACAUCAAAGGCAGAGAUCUAUUUGAUGCCUCCAUAUGGGCGGAUCCCUUGAGGACAUCGGUAUUUUAUACGUUCGCUACGACACUCCGGGAGAAGGUGAAGGACGUCGUGCCCACGGAAUCUCAUCAUUUUAUCGGCCAUUUACGCAAUCGUGGGAAAUUGGUCCGAUGCUACACGCAGAACAUUGAUCAGAUCGAGGAGAAAGUUGGGCUUUCCACCUCUCUCCAGGACGGACCGGGGCAUCGAGGUCGCUUCUCGAGGAAAUCUGUCGGGGCAGUCUUGGCUACGGCGGCAACGGGAGGUUCCGCAGGAGAGUCUGUCUCCGCAACACCAGAAACGAGUGAUACCAAAGAUUUGGAGGAACCAAAAGCGCCUGAUGGUGGCGGUGUCGCGGAGUCGGCCGAAGCGACUCCGUCAGCCGAGCCGCAAAUUCAGCAGCACGCUGACAAGAAGUCGAAUGGUGUGGAAUGUGUCUUCUUGCACGGGUCACUGGAGUCUCUCCGGUGUUUUCUCUGUGGGAAGAUUUGCGACUGGGAUGAAGCCGACAGAUCACACGAGACGCUCUCUGGGCGACAGCCUGAGUGCCCGUAUUGCGCUGGAGCAACGGCUGCACGACAGGAGAGGGGCAAGAGAGCGUUGGGUGUGGGCAAGCUCAGACCAGAUAUUGUGCUUUACGGCGAGGAGCACCCGAAUGCCCACCUCAUUUCACCCAUCGUCACCCACGACCUAGGAUUGUCCCCGGACCUGCUCCUCAUUCUCGGUACAUCACUGAAAGUUCAUGGCCUGAAGAUACUGGUCAGGGAGUUCGCCAAAACCAUCCACAGCAGGGGCGGCAAAGUCGUCUUUGUCAACUUCACGAAACCCCCAGAAAGUUCAUGGGGGGAUAUUAUCGACUACUGGGUACAGUGGGAUUGCGACGCGUGGGUUGCCAACCUGAAGGAGAGAGUACCCUUGCUCUGGCUGCCACCCGGCACAAAGUUACCUAAGAAGAAGAAGGAGAGCAGUGAAAAGACGAAGAAACGCCAGAGCUCGACGGAGGAGAAGCCCAAAACGGAGGUUGUGAAACCGUCAGCAAAGCUAUCCACGAAACUAUCUACAGAUUCAGCCCCAGGUUUGCGGACAGGAUUGCCGCUCGACUCUCAACCAGUGACGACAACGAAGCCAGAGAAGCCUUGCAAAGCUCCGAAGCUGGACAAGGUAGUCAAGACCGAGCCUCUCACGACGCCGCUGGAGGUCGAUGCUCCUCUCAAGUCUGUUCCCCAGAGGCCAAUGGCAGUCCGCGAUGACAGGACGAGCGCUGCUUGGGUGACAUGGAAGGUGAUGGUUGAACUUCGCCGGAUUGUUGGCAGCAUAACUCCGACGACAUCAACAUCCCCUACGGCCCUCCGUGUUGAAAAGUCAAAGACGAGGAGAUCGAGAAAGUCAGCACCGGCUGCUCUGUCACGGCCGGCUCCUGUUCUUCCAGACCAAACAGAGAAGAGCCUCCAGCUAAGACCAAUGAUGGCACAGGCCGAGCAGGAGACUGGCCAGACAGAUUCGGCUCGAAACGAGGGUGCCGGUGCGCAAGUGGCCAUGCCAGACGCAGCGGAAAGCUCCAUCUUUGCCGCUGUCAAACUCAACCCUCGGAUGCGGAAGCGAAAGACAAUUGAUGGCGAGGAAAUUUUCGUGCCUGGCAUGCCGCGGCCAGUUGUUGCCAAAACACUCCCACGACCGAUUCCACGAAAGAUCAAGGCACCACACGCUAAAGAGAGGCCGGUCAUUGUGUCGCCCAAGAUUCUCUCCGACAUUCAGCGUCCAUCCAUGGACUCACUCAGGUUGCCACCACUUCAAACGACGAAGGCGCCCGCCGCCACGCCAUCGAAGCCUCAGCCAUUGGAGCCUCUUAGCUCCCCAGCGGGUCCCCUGUCAGCUAUCUCAUCCAAUACGCAGAGUCGGGUCGACUCACGCAUAGCGAACCCUUUCUUUCUGUCGGAUCCCCUCUUGUUACGACUAAUCCAGGCCCCAGACUGGACCCCUCCUCAAAGUCAUGGUUUCAAGCCCAACAAGCUCGAAAGAAAGUCCACCAAGGAUGCAGACGCCGCUAUGGCGUUGCAGGAACUCAAGCAAGGAUAA